AUGAGCCAGACUGGGUACGGAUACCCUCCGCCUGAUGGCCACAACAUCCAUCAAGGCUUUGCGCAUACAGCUCAAUCUACACAUGGUCCUACCUCGCACUCUGUAAUUGGCAUUUCACACAGCCAGCUUCCUGCGCAAGACAACACGCAUCGCCCUAGCUAUGGACAAAAUAUUAUACCUGGCCUCGGUUUAGGGCAGUCCAACAACGCGCCAACGAGGCAGGAUUCUUGGUCAAGCAGCCACGUAGCAAGCUGGCCAACGGAAACACAGCCUCAGCAAACGUCGCAGCCAUUCAUGCAUGCCUUGCCGAAAGGUAAUCCCGCGACGCAAAUACCCGGUCUGAAUGCGCCUUUGGAAGAUGGCGAAAUCAGUGAGGAUGGAGAACUCGAGGAUGUGUACGAGCCCAUGGAGACUCAGCAAGAGACCAUUGGUAAAGAACAAUCUGAGUAUCAACUCAAUGAUGUUCGCGAACGUUCAGGGUCAUAUUCGCCAUAUUUAUCCCCUCAGGAAAUAUCACAACCGACAGAUGAGUUGUCCGACCACCCCAAAGCUACUUCCAACAAUCACGACACGCAGCCGGCGACACAAUACCCCCUAACCAGUGCAAAAGACAAUACUGUCGAGCUGAACCCGACUUCUUCCUCACCCACCACCAUGCAAGUCUCCUCGCUUGCAACUUCUAGCCGACGCCCGUCUUUGAGCCAAGGAGACCUUGAGGCAACUAAGAAGCAGGCCAAGGAUGCCAUUCUUCGUCUUUGGCCUUUGAAUAUAAGAUUUCAAAACUACAUUUCUGAGGGUGUUGAUGAAGCGCUUUUAAAAUCGCUUUUCAAAGACUUGGGACUCAAGUUCGGCGAGACAAUGCCGCUCUCGUCGGAACAUGGCGGCAAGGAGCCCGCGACCUCGGUUACUAUCAAUGGCGGUAAAAGCCCGAGCGUCGAGACAAGAGUCCUACCUAAACGGCGUGCUGCUCCCGUCGAUCCGUCGGAAGAAAAGAUCACUGAGGAACCUUUGGCUCAGAGCACCAAGACGGCCUUGACGCAGUCAGAAAAGUCCAAGCUGCUUCAGCAAAAGAUGGAGGCUCUCAAGAAAGCGAGAGAGGCGCUCAGGCAACAAACCUCGGUUCAACUGAGUGAAAAUAAUGACUCCACCAAGAGCGACUCGACUGCUGGAGCCUCCAAGGUCACUGUUCACGAUGAAACAAGCGUUCCCGGAACUGAGACUUUGGCAAAUGCCAUUCCAGGGCUAUCAUGGUCACCAAGUAAGCAGUUGACAGAUAUAUCUGGGAUCAGUCAUCAACCCAAAACGGCUCUCAAGGAUACUGAGCGCAAGCAUACCCGGCUAGCUCCGCCGUUUGACCAGAAUACAGAGUCUCGGCCGUUUUUAAUCGAUGUUAGUGAAGACGAAGACGAGGAGAUGGAAAUUGAUUCACCCGGGGCGCCAGAGACACCUCCGAAUAUGCUCAGCACUCCAGGUCAACGGGACGGUUUGUUUGGGGACUUGUCUGCUUUAUCCGAUUCAGCCAUGCUGCGGCAAGUCAGAAGUCCUGCAUCCAUAUCAACUCCACUGAGAAGCGCGAGUCGAAAUAAUGGGAGUGACUUGGAGAGCAUGAACAAGCAAAUAGAGGAGAUGAAGAGAAAGAUUGCCGAGGCUGAGGCCCGUAAGAAAGCUAAGAAUUCACGGCAAGGCUCUCCGGCACCAUCUCAUCCAAACGACAGUUCUCUUGAAGACAGUUCCGAUGCCAACAGUCAACCGGUUGCAUCAAUUGCGCCUUCUGCACAAUUUUACGGCAGGUUGGGCCAUGGAGUUAAGGCAGCAUCAGGAUCAAGAUUUGAUCGGCGUUCGCGCUCCCGUGCCGCCAGCGAGCGGUUGCCUUUACUUGAAGCCCGGCGCAGAGAACAGCUCCUCAAGCUAAAAGCUCUUCAGUCCGAAGUCGCCAGGAUCGAACAGGAGUUGGAAGAGGAUAUGCUUGAGGAAGAGAGGCUAAAAGAACAGAUUAUGAGCUCUAACUCGGACAGAGAAGACGACGAGUCAGCUCCUGUUACCCAGCACGACUCAGGCCUCCACCAAGGCAGGGGAGAAUCUACAUCAGAGUCAUCUCGUUCGACAAAUGCGGAGGGGCAACCAAUAGGCGAGACAAUUGGCCAAGAUCAGCACGUAGCCCAAGUCGACGUUGCCGAAGCUGUUUCUCUACCACUUGCUUCGACAGUCGUAAAUGCGGCCAGCGAGGGUGUGGAGUCUAAUGACAGCAUUGAAGGCGAAGCAGACUUGGCGGACUCCAAGGACUCCAAGGACUCCAAGGACACGAGUUCUGAUAAGGAGUCACUUAGCGGUGAUAUGUAUCCGACCGACUCCCAUGUCUCCUCCUCGCAUGUUGACGGAUCUCAAGAUAUCGAUAUGGAAGACGCAGGCUACUCAGCAGAUGAGGAUGCAGGAGAGGACUCUGAAGGCGACUACGAGCCGUCGGGCGCUGUAUCAUCAGCUGUGGCUAGCAACAAUGGGGCACAGGAUGACGGCAGUGCCACGAUGCUGGAUGCUCAGCAAUUCUCAACAUCUGAACCUGUCCCAUCGGAUGCAACUUUAGUCAAGGCAGCAGACGUUGACAAGACAGAGUCCAGCCUGGUGGGUGUAAGGCCUGAUUCAGGCGGUCCCAAGUCCAGUUUUUUGCCGUACAAAACACCGCUGCACUACUUCCACGCCUAUCGGUUUCAUCCAUCGUUCAAGCAAGACGUGGCCGGUGGGCUUCGGUCGGUAACAUACAGUAACAGAAUUGAUGUUAAGAAGGAAGUAUGCCCUGACGAGUUGGCUGGACAGCCAUGUCCGAGAGGAAGCGGAUGUGAAUUUCAGCACUUUGAAACCAUGCAAGCUCCCGCGCCACGGCUCGAGGUGGGCACUGACAGCCCAAACUGGACAGAUGAUCAGAUCCUGCUUCAGCUCGGAGCCGCUGAGCAUUACGACGGGGACCAGCGGCAACAGUACAUAGAUGGUCUACGACAGCUCCUGACCGACUACCGAGACCGUCAAGUCAAAGACUUCAACACGAUUAGCCAGGGCAUCGUCGAAUUCCGAGCCAAGUUUCUUAGAGACAAGACCAAGAUUCUACCCCUGGGGAGUGUCAGUCUCUAG